ACAGGUUGAUACUUUAACUCUUCUAACUGUUUUGAUCAUCUUCCAAAAAAUGAAAAAGGCUCGUGAUAAAGUUGAAAGUGAGAGUGGAACAGCAGGUCCCUCCCAGCAUGAACAGUGUUCAUCAGGACGCAGUCAUAGCUCCAGCUCAGGAUCUGCCCCUGGCUUUUUGGAAGAGACUCACCUUUCUUCUUUUCAGGAGUGUAUACUGAGUUUCUCUGAAGAGGAGUGGGAGGAUUUCAGCAGCCUGCUGAACAUGUCACUGGCUGGGUCAAUGGACACCGAUGGGGAGUUCCUGGAUAAGAGCAGUUCAAUCAGAAGUGGCUCUGCUGCAUCACCUGAAAUGACAAGUGGCCCUUUGAGAGAAAUGAUGCACAGGAUGAAAGCUGCCCUGGCUACCUUGAGGAGAACUCAUACCUCUGAGGUCUCUGUGACAGCUGUUUUACACUCUGUGUCCAAAUUCUCCACUCAUACUGGUGAGCACAUCGUAUCCAACGUCUCUGAAGCCAUGAGAGAUGCGCAACAUGGAAAUACAUUCCACGACUCGACUUGCAUCAACACAAUCCUGGAAAGGCUCGUAUCCAGUGGGAAUAUCCACAAGAUCGCCAAGAACCUUGUCAGUCACCUUCAGGAUGUCCUCAUGAAUGAGAACGUCAGCCGGACAUCCAUUCCUGUGGCUGCUAGUGGAAGCACAUCAGAUUCUGAGACUUUGCCAAAUGGAACUCCAAAGCGGACUUUAAGUGCCUCUCACAUGGUUUACUCAUACGCAGAAGAAGCCAUCAAGGAUUUGCUUCAACCGUAUUUUCUUCCUGGUAUGGUUCAGAGCGCCAGUGAGGAUGUUGCCUCGGCCAGAGUUCCCCUUCUCAGGAUUCAAAGCUUCCAAUCUUCUGAUGCAGGAAGAAGUAUCCCCCAUGUGCCCUCUGAAGCUGAGUGCAAAUUUAAAGAUGUGGCCAAUCUGUUGACUCGAGUGAUGACCUUCCAGGUCAUGUAUAUAGUUGAUUCCGAGCUGGAGAAACGUCAAAAGUCAUCUUCUUCCCGGUUGUCUGAUAGAUCCAGGAUGCUGUCAUCAGCUGGUGGAGACGUAGACGACACAGCUAUGGAACGUUCCUCCACUCGACCCCCUCUGCUUCAUACCAGCCCUGAUCACUAUGGCGGUCGGUUCUCUGAAAGAGGUUUCUUUCAGAAUUGAGAUAUUCUGACUCUGCUCAGUCUGGUGCAGUGGAUGACGUCAGAGCCACCACAUCCUCUACCAGGAGCCAAAGUGCCAAAUCUGCCACUGCAGGUCAUGAGCCAGACAUGGCACUGAACUACGCAUCCCAGAAACUUGGGGACCCACUAGAUCUGUUCACCAGGGUUAUGGUUCACCAGGUCAUGGAUAUCCUCCACGUGGAACUGACCAGGCACCAAACUGAAGUUGACCCCAUUGUGCAGCAUCAGAGUGCAGGACGUCCAUCCACCGGGACCUCUGUGCCAGACAGCAGUGACUAUGGCUGUUUUGUCACAGUUCUGAUGCUCAGACUGCUGGCAAAAAUCAUGGAUCAACAAACUGCCUCUGCCGAUAUGACGGAUUGCUCCCGAGAGUUGAUUCAGAAAGUCCUCUCUGAGUUCAGCAGUGCCUCAGGAACGCCGAACUUCCUGACAUAUGAAAGCAACACCAAGAUCCAGACUUUGUACAGAAGUAUGGACAAGUUCCUUCUGAAGGAGUUUGGACCUGAGGCCAUCCUGCAAAGAGCUGUGGAGACACAGAAUGUCUCCUUUGAUAACAUCUUGCUCACGGCAUUGAGGAAAGAGCUGCUGCCUCAUUGUGACACAGAGGCAACUUCUGCCCCAUCAACUCCGACUGCUGCACCCUCUGAGCCACUUGAACCUGUGCCUGGAGCAGCAUCUGGGCAAACCACCAGGAAGAGGCCCAAACUGAGGUUCAGUAUGAAGGUGCAGUGAUAUGGCUUUGUGAUCCUUUACCUUUCCCACGUGUCCUGUUUUGAGCACAAUAACAAUAUAGUGGUUAUUCACAUGUGGAGGUAUACAGGUAGCACAGCUCAUGUGUUUCCCCAUUCCUC